AUGUCUCAGCAGCGCGACACAUACACUGCCGGUUCCCCUCCCCGAACCCCUCCCUCCCAGACCGCGACAUUCAGGCCCAAGCGAGGAUACACCCGACCGUCCAUUCGCGACGCCUUCCCGGAGACUGCGGCCGGCCUCGACAAUGCGCCCAGAGCGAGCGAGUCCGGGGACGAACGGGACCCCCAUGAUCUAUCCCUGUCCCCAAACCACGCGGCGCGCACAUCCAUUGUUGAUAAUAUGCUGCUCUCGCUGGAUCAAUUCGCCCCAGCUUCAUCAGUACUAGACGACUAUAGACUUUUCAAUUCGGCCUUUGAGACAGACUCAACCACUGGCCGAUACCGCGGCCACACCUUCUCCUCCUCCAUGUCUUCUGAAGCCGACUUCGGAUAUGAUGAUAGCAGCAGCCGCUACGCUACUAUAACCGCCAAAGGCCGCCGGAGCAACAGCAGUUCCAAUUAUCAGACAGCCCCGAGGAGGAUGGGGAGUGCCCGUGGGGAUGCCAUGAGCACUCGAUCAGGCGCCGGCACCAUGCCGAGAUCCAAUGAUAUACGUAAAGGUAGCAAGGGAAGCACCUCGACGGUGGACUAUACAUACACAAUCCCUAGAGGGCGCGCUGAUUCAGGAGGCAUGGAUCGAGAUCGGCGCUCGGAAAGUUUUGACUGCGGCCCACAGAAGUUCAUCCCACAUGCGGACGUCGAUGCAAGCCAGACCUACUUAUACGAUGACGAUGCGGCACCGACACCAAGUGUUCCAGCAGGACCUCGCAAGGUCCAUGAAUAUAGAACCCCAAACGCCCCUGCAUCACGGACGCCUGCCGCCUCGCGGCGAAACAGCGUGAAGUCAGCACAACCCCAGGUCCGCAAAGCUCGCCCUGAGAAUAUUGGAACGAGCACUUUGAAAGGUCGGGAUAGUGAAUUCCAGCUAUCCGGUGAUGCGGAUCUCGAUAUGCCUCCGGCCAUGCCAGCAACAUUAGAUCCGCCUGCGCCGAGCCCGACUAUCUCUUACAAUAAACCGACUUUCACCCAACAACCAGCUUUCCCUCAGCCGGAACCCACUGCGAUGGCGACAACCACUGUCAUCACUGCAACUAAUAGCAACAACAGCAACAACCCUGCAAAUGCUCCCAAGGAAGCACGCCCGGGCUUCUUUCGACGUGUCUUUGGCGCAGCAAAGAAUUCGAUACCAGUUCCAGCAGAAUCCCCAACAUCCAACACGCACGAUGUAUCAUACGUGCAAGAGGUUGAGCAGAAAGAUUCCCCUGGAGCGACUGCCACGCUCAAAACCCGCAGACAGCAACCACCCCCGAAGAGUUCGGCCGGAGCACCACCUCCGUCUACACGUGAGGGACCUCCACACUUGGUCAAGCAGAAAUCUUCGUUUUUCCGACGUCGCAAGAAGUCUGUAGUUGAUGUCCCGCCACCGAUCACCCUACCUCAGGACCUUGCAUCGAACGCUUUGGAUUACAUGAAGCCAGAGCCCAGCCCGGUGAGCAGCUUGCGACAGGUGAUGAAUCCUUAUAUAGCAGAUGGCACCCCAGGCAACCCGGAGGCUCGCGAGGGCAGCAAGCUGGCUCGGGAAGCAUUGUCGUUGCAAACGCAAAAGCCAAGAGAAAGUGUCUCGGCUCCUGGAGGUCCCUCCAAAGCGAAGCAAAGUCUCCAGCCGCCAGCUUCCUCUCGCGGCCAGGAUCGCUCACCGCUAGCAGGCGGUCGUGGCACCACUGAUAAUACUCCAAAGGCUAGUGAUGUGGAGUCAAAUGCAUCUGCCGAUUCCCCCUUGCAGGAGAAGAGUACAAAUCCAGCGUCACCGGCCAUGCUGUCACCUGUUUCUGAGGCUUUCCCUCGCAACCUCAAGCUUUCCACUAAGACUGAUGUCUCCCAAGAUACUCUGGCGGGACCUAAAAAGUUGACACUCCUCCCCGCCGACAAUAAUGUUCCUGAAUCACCUGCCGCUUCCGAAGUCUCUCACUAUCAGACUGCAUCAAACACCCCUGUAAUUGAGUCGGACGAACCCAAAGCGAUUGCAGACGAGGAAGAUACGAUGGAUGGCCCUGGUGAGGCUGUUGAAGAUGGACAUUCCGCGGCUGAUCGAGAGCAAGCGCAAAAGCUUUUUGAUAGCCAAGACGAGGUCGUAGGAAAUGAUCCAGCUGCCGCUUGGCUUGGUGACCCUGAUCGCGCCACAAUCCGCGAGGCCUAUAUGCGACUCUUCAACUGGUCCAAUAUGAAUAUUCUUGCUGCUCUCCGAAGUCUUUGCCAGCGCUUGGUUUUGAAGGGAGAGACUCAGCAGGUUGACCGGGUCUUGGAUGCCUUCUCAACCAGAUGGUGUGAUUGCAACCCGAGCCAUGGCUUCAAGGCUACUGAUGUCGUCCACACCAUUUGCUACUCCAUCCUUCUACUGAACACCGACUUGCAUUUAGCCGACAUUGAAUCAAAAAUGACCAAGUCGCAAUUCGUCAGAAACACCAUGCCGACUAUCCAUCGUGUUGCUAUGGAUGCAGCACCAGAAGGCUUCGAGACAUUGCGCCCUGUCAACCGCUCUAAAACCGCCUCUUCAAACCCCGACUCAACCCCGACUCCUACCUCCGCCCGCUCUCCUACUUUCCCCUCUGAUAUUGGCCGCAGUUCAUUAGACAUGGAAAAGACAGCUGAUACCGAUGCUGGCCCAUUGGUCAGCACUCCUUUCACUGGAACUGUCAGGGCAUGGGAACAACAGGUCGAAGCGGUGCUUAAGGAAUUCUACACCUCGAUCCAAAAGCAGAGACUCCCUCUUCACGGCGCGCAGCCCGAGAAAGAGAUUUCACGCAUGUCAUCCAACAACUUCCUCGGUCCAACUACCAGCAUGCUUCGCAGAAGUCCCAGCACAAUUAGUAAAAGUGGCUCGGACAUUUUCCCUCGUGGCCGCUCGGCUGAUUCCCGCCAUGGUGCCGCACGCUGGUCAUCAAAACCGCGCUCGCGGGGCGCCAGAUUAUAUCCCCCGUCUAUGAUGGGAUCCAGCCGGACAAGCUUGGACGACCAGUCCUCGGUCUGGAGCCCAGGCGCAUCAACAAGUACUCACUUGGCAAGUUUACCUCUGCUUCCGUGGACUCGUUUGGAUCAGAGUUCCCCCCGCGGCGAUUACCAGCAAUCAAUCGGUUUCGCCAAUGCUCUCAGCCAAGCAAUCAUCCGCGAAGACUCCGCCACCUCCAUCUACAGCUUCGACGAGCCGGAGAGAACAACGCCACUCCUGGAAGACGAUACGCUAGCCCUGGCCGGCGCCCCCUGGGCCAAAGAAGGCAGCGUAAAGCACAAGCACCACCUAGACGCAGUCGACAAGCGCGCCAAGGACCGCAAUUGGAACGAGUGUUUCGCCGUCAUCCAGCAAGGCUGGAUGCGCCUGUUCUCCUUCACCAACGCAUCAAAGUCAAUGCGCAUCAAGGCGAAGCAACGCGGCGGCGUCGUCGUCGGAGGCGGCAACUGGACCGAAAACGCAGAGGAGAUUUGGAAAUUCAUGCUCCGCCAGACUAUCGCCAGCGCCCUGCCUCCACCAGGCUAUUCCAAAUCCCGCCCGCAUGUUUGGGCUUUGAGUUUGCCCACCGGCGCGGUGCAUCUCUUCCAAGCGGGCACUCCGGAAAUCGUGCGCGAAUUCGUCUCAACGGCUAAUUACUGGAGCGCGCGGUUAUCCAAGCAGCCCCUCGUUGGGGGGAUCAGUAAUAUCGAGUACGGGUGGAGUGAUGCGGUUAUCAAUAGCGCAUUGAUUAACCCUGAUCAGAAUCGGUCGCCGCCGCCUUCGUCAGGCACUGCGGGCCCGGCUCCGCGGGCUAGUAUUCAAAGCUCGAUUCGCAGUUCUAUCGAUCAUCAGGGUGCUAUUCGGCCGAAAUUACCCGCUGACCGGGUCAAUAUCAGUGACUGGAGUCCGCCGCAGCAGAGCAUGGUUGCGUCGAACUUGGUUGAGGAGGACCAGUUGAAGGCUCUGCAGUCUUAUGUGAAGAACGUCGAGGAUGAUCUGCAGCGGCAUAAUGAGUUGCGGCCGGCGAUGAAUCUGGCUUUCUCGCCGCGUCAUCCGAAUUCGUCCAAGGCGAUGGCGAACUGGGAACGGAAGUCUUCGUAUCUCCUGAGGGAGAUUGUUAAGUUCCGGACUUAUAUUGAUUCGCUGCGGAAUGCGAUUCAUUCCAAGGGGAAGAUUUUGGCGUCGGGGGAUUUUAAGACUGAUGGGGAGGUUGAUGUGGUUGUGGAUGGUGAGAAGGGGGAGGAGAAAGGGGAGCAGGAGCAGGAGAAGCUGAAAACUCCUGUUUCUGCUUGA